AUGGCUGGUUCUGACAGUGGAUUUUUCGACCCACUAUCGGUGGCACUUGACGCAUAUACGACCACUCCAGGAGGCUAUAUAGAGUCUGAUCCCUCCCUCGGGCAAAUCUACUUCUCGAGCGUGGCCGUCCCUUCGCGGGCAUCUACUCAUAUUUCACUCCUCCCUCCAACCGGCGUAUACUAUGGUAUCCCGCUUCCAGCACAAUACCAACAGCCCAGCGAAUUGGAUCUAUGGGUGAGCUUCCCUCGUGCAUGCCAUAAGGAACUUGCACGAAUUACCCGCUGUGUAGAUGGACUAUUACACCCUUCUUCCCUGGCCAAUGAAUAUAUCCAUGAGAGCGUACAAGGGGUAUGCGAUAAUAAUCAGCACUCGGCCGAUGCGUCCCCAGGAGAUUUCCUCGAGGCGUUAAUGCAAAAGGCCAGAAAGGCCAUAAAUGUCACCUCUCUAUCUCCUGGCCUCCUUCAUUCGCCAUUGCACCUCAAACUCCUCGAAGCAUUUCUCCAAAGCUUUCAAUAUCUUGGAGACAUACCGGAGCCGGCGAUAGGAGACAUUGGUGCAGACUCUUUGCUCCUCCAAACAGGGGCCGAGACUUGGUCUGCAAUCCAUGGACUCGAGCUCGGCUCCUCAAUCCUCCUUGCAUUUGUUGAGAAGGAGAAAGGGCGCUUUCAGUGCAUGAUCUGCGGAAAGUUCAAAAACAGUCGCUGUCGCGCGCUGGGAUGCGUUCGAGCAUGUCUGGACUACCGUCCUUUUGUCUGCCCGGGGAGAGGUGCUGGAUGCGAGACCUGUAGCGAUGAGUAUGGGCUCACGAUUCGUCUCGAAUCAACCCAGAGCGGUGGCCCGCUUCUGCACCAAGAGUCGGCUGGACGACCACAUCAAGGGCCAAACGAACAAAGCAGUUUGCGUGGAAUGCUUCGACUCCUUUCGUCGCGGUGGAAUGUUCAGACACUGGAAGGCACGACAUGCCUCCAUCCCAUUCCCAACCGACAUCUACCCGUUGUAUAA